AUGGGCUUCAAGGCUGGCACGGUGAUGCGCCGCCGCCGGCUUUGUUGCCUGCUGCAACCCGACAACCUCAUCAUUACCAAGACGGCGAAUGGCUACCACACUCAGACCUUCUCCGAGCACUUCAGGCGGAGCAAAUGUCUGGCGUCAGCGCUGACGAAGCGAGGAGUCCAGCUCGAGGAUCGUAUUGCCACGUUGAUGUGGAACAGCUGCUGGCACAUGGAGUGCUACCAUGCCAUCCCCUGCAUGGGCGCCGUGCUGCACACACUGAACCUGCGGUUGGGCCCAAGCGACUUGGGCUACAUCAUCGAGCACGCCAAGGACCGCGCCACGUGUUUGUUUGGGGUACGUGGCAAGAUGGGAGUGGCGUUGCAGGCGCACAAGUGGGUGUGA